AUGCAUAGCAGCCACGAUGAACUUUUGGUGCUUGGGUACCUCGUGAUACUCCAUAAAACGCUCUACCAUAGCCAACCACCCCAUAUCCAAUUUCAUCGGCUUCAGAUUGGAUUGAGAAUGAUGGGAAAGUCUGGUGAUAUCGUACUCAUCGGAACUGAGUACGGAUGGACAUACGGUGGUAGUUAA